AUGGCCGAUACUAUAGCUGUUUCUUUAACGAUUGCUGCUGUCCUUGUGAUCAUUGUUGUCGUUAUCAUUAUCGUUGUGGUUGUUGAUCCUGUCAUUAUUGUUGUUGAUGUUCUUGUUAUUGUGGUCGUUGGUAUUGUCGUUAUCGUUACUGUGGUUGUUGGUACUGUUAUUGUCGUCAUUGUUGUUGUUGUGGUUGUUGUUGUUGUGGUUGUUGUUAUUGUGAUUGUUGGUAUUGGUAUUGUUGAUGUUGAUGUUAUUGCUACAGUUAUAGUUGUCAUCAUUAUGGUCGUUGUCGCCGUCGCCUUUGUUGUUAUCAUUAUCGUUGUGGUUGUUGAUCCUGCCAUUGCAAUUAUUGUUGUUGAUGUUGUCAUCGCCUUUAUUAUCAUUAUAGUUCUUGGUAGUGGUAGUGUUGCUAUCGUGAUUGUUGGUGUUGUCAUCGCUAUUAUUGUUGAUGUUCUUUUUGCCGUUAUUGUCAUUGUCGUUGUUGUUGUCGUUGUUGCUGUUGUUGUUGCAGUUCUCGACAUUGUGGUCGUUCUCCUCGUCGCCUUUGUUAUUGCCAUUAUCGUUGUGGUUGUUGAUGCUGUCAUUGUUGCUAUUGUCGUCGUCAUUAUUGUUGUCGGUGUUAUUGUUAUUAUUGUGGCUGUUGUUGUUAUCGUUGUCGUUAUUGAUGUUGUUAUUGUUGGCAUCGCCUUUGUUAUUGUCAUUAUCGUUGUGGUUGUUGGUACUGUCAUUGCCGCUAUUGUCGUCGGUGUUCGUGUUAUUGUUGUGGUUGUUGCUGUUCUCGUCGUCAUCAUGGUUGUUGGUGUUGUUGUUAUUAUUGUGGCUGUUGUUUUCAUCGCCUUUGUUACUGUCAUUAUCGUUGUGGUUGUUGGUAGUGUUAUGAUCGUUGUUGAUAUUGUCAGUGUCGUUGCUGCUGUUGAUGUUUUUGUAGUUAUUGUUUUUGCCGUUGUUGCCAUAGUUGUUGGUAUCAUUGUCGUUGUUGCUGUUGUUGUUGCAGUUCUCGACAUUAUGGUCCUUCUCCUCGUC